AAAAUUAAAUACAUAAUAACUGAAAUCGGUCUAAUUGUCUUUGCCUAUAGGGCACCUGAGUCGGCAUUGGAUAACCAGCGGAUGAUAUCCCCGCUGUUUAAUUGUUUCUUCUUGUAUUUUAUGGUUUUUUUUUACCGCCUAUCGAAGUCUCGUACCAAUCAAUUAAACUUAGUUUGGCCGAGUGAGUUUAUGAUUGACUGACAUACCAACGUUCGCAAGGGAGGUGGAGCUUAACUAAGUAUUAAACGACAGGUCACGUGAGUUACACACCCGUGUUAUAUUCGUUGUUUGCUGUACAACGCCUAAGAGCGAUCAGUCCAACGCAAUAGUACGUCAAAGCCUAUGGGAAUUUGCAUAAACUCUGGAUUGUGAUACUUAUUAAAACAUUAGAGUUUAAUUUUUUAUAUGGAAGUAAAACUGAUAGGACAAAAUGGCAUCAGUAAGCCCUCUUGUUAAUACACCAUCAUCGGCCGGCUCUCCUACAGUAGAAGAAGAAUCUAAAGCACCCCCUACUGCUAGUGGUCCCGUGCCACUCAACACAAUGGAUUCACACGUAAACCAGCAGCAGGACUUGCAAGUAUUUACCGUGGGUUUUUUUCUGGCUCAACUGCUAGGAGUCUUGUGUGUAGCUUUGGCUGGGGCUUGGAGUGGUCACUACCUCGGUGGAUUUGCUUGGCAAAGUGUGCCAAGUUUGCAGUUUAACUACCAUCCAUUGUUUAUGGUUAUAGGACUUGUCUUUCUGUAUGGAGAUGCUAUCCUUGUGUAUCGAGUGAUGCGGAAUGAGAGAAAAAAAAUUCUAAAACUGAUCCAUGCAGGAUUACACACACUGGCAUUUAUCUUCGUAGUUGUGGCACUUAAGGCAGUGUUUGAUUCCCACAACUUGGCUGCGAAUCCCAUCCCCAACAUGUACUCUCUUCACAGCUGGCUAGGCUUAGCCGCUGUUGUUCUAUUUAGUUUACAGUUUGUAUGUGGCUUUGUGUCAUACUUGUUUCCUGGAGUCAGUCAAUACUGGAGAGCUUGGUACCUUCCUGUUCACGUAUACUUUGGAGUUGUUAUCUAUGUACUGGGAAUCGGAGCUUGUUUGAUGGGAAUUACAGAGAAACUGAUAUUCUCCUUAAAAUCAGACUACAAGGAUUUGCCUGGAACAGCUGUUUUAGGAAACAUCCUCGGUGUAGUGCUAGUUUGCUUUGGAAUCUUGAUUGUCUACCUUGUGACUACCCCCCAGUUUAAACGUCAGUCGUUACCAGAAGAAGAAAAUCUUCAACUGACACCACAUUCUCCUAUCAACUAAUCCUGUUCUAUAACUUCCCAUUCUCCUGUUAACUAAUCCAGUUCUAUAACUUCCCAUUCUCCUGUUAACUAAUCCAGUUCUAUAACUUCCCAUUCUCCUGCCAGCUAAUCCAGUUCUAUAACUUCCCAUUCUCCUGUUAACUAAUCCUGUUCUGUAACUUCCCAUUCUCCUGCCAGCUAAUCCAGUUCUAUAACUUCCCAUUCUCCUGCCAGCUAAUCCUGUUCUAUAACUUCCCAUUCUCCUGCCAGCUAAUCCUGUUCUGUAACUUCCCAUUCUCCUGCCAGCUAAUCCAGUUCUCUAACUUCCCAUUCUCCUGCCAGCUAAUCCAGUUCUAUAACUUCCCAUUCUCCUGCCAGCUAAUCCUGUUCUGUAAAUAGCUUCCAUAUUAAUAUUUUGACUGUCUCUAAGUUACACAUCAUAUUUUCAGAUGUUUUCCACAGAACAGCUAAGCAACUGUUCCUACUGAGUUCCAUGUACUGUUUUCCUUGAAGUGAUAUUUUUGUUUUUAAUUUCCUCUGCUUUUUCUUGUAUCGUAUUCUUACUUUCCAGUUACAAACAACCGACAAGUUUUAAAACGUAAUAUAGUAUUUGUCUCUGUGAUCGUGGCUUUUUGUAAUCAGAUACUGACUAGUGCAGUGGUCAGAAAGUUUUGGCUUAUCCAUUGGUCAGGCUAUCAUAUCAUGAAAUGUUGCAUUUAUGGCUAGUUGUUAAAGAGUAUUUUCAUUCAGAUCAUGUUGUUACUGGUUUAUAGUGAGUGUCUUAACUUUGUGAGUUUGUAAAAAAAAAAAAGUGAUUUAGUAGUUGUAUGUAAAAUGGUGUUUAAAAUGGCCAGACUCUGUUGUUUUUGUUGCAGGUUACUUCCGAAUCGGUUUGAUUUUCUGACAGAGUUGAAUAUUAGAAUAAAAUUCGUUGGCCUACAUUUAUCGGUAAAGUAAAUCUCAUGUAACUCGUAACGCUCCGAGUGUAAGAAACAAGCACUAGAAUGCUGCCUGAGCACUGUCUCGUAUAAAGUGGCACACUCAAAUUCAGCAGCUUGAUACUUUAUUUUCUUAAACCUUUAUGUAUUAUAGCACAUUAAACUGUCUGCUUCAUUAGUUAGAUAUCUAAUCAUCUCAGUUAGCAGGAAAAUGAUAGCUUAGCGCAUUCUUAAUUCUGUCCAGAUCAUAUGUUUACUAAAGUUUAUGGAAUUCUGUUCUAUCAGAUCAAAAUUACUGUGCAAAUAACCAAUAAAACAGUGCCAACAUUAGACUCAGCCGUGUACAAUAAAACAGUGCUAACAUUAGACUCAGCAGUGUACAAUAAAACAGUGCUAACAUUAGACUCAGCCGUGUACAAUAAAACAGUGCUAACAUUAGACUCAGCAGUGUACAAUAAAACAGUGCUAACAUUAGACUCAGCAGUGUACAAUAAAACAGUGCUAACAUUAGACUCAGCAGUGUACAGUAAAACAGUGCUAACAUUAGACUCAGCAGUGUACAGUAAAACAGUGCUAACAUUAGACUCAACAGUGUACAGUAAAAUAGUGCUAACAUUAGACUCAGCAGUGUACAGUAAAACAGUGCUAACAUUAGACUCAGCAGUGUACAUUAAAACAGUGCAAACAUUAGACUCAACAGUGUACAAUAAAACAGUGUACAGUAAAACAGUGCUAACAUUAGACUCAGCAGUGUACA